GUGCAGAUGACGUGAGUUAUUGUUUAGUGCAGGAAAUUUUCAUUUUAGCUUCGAUCUGUCUACAGACAUGGAUUUAUUCUCUUUUUUGCUAAGUAUUUUUGUUUUUACAGCUGUACUUAAGGAACCUACCACAAAUUCUGGGAAUUUCACAACCGUCGUUCCUGGAUAUGAGCUGCCUGAUCGUCAAUAUGAGAAUGUUGCAGUCUUCAGUCAAGUAUCGAAAGCAUCAUUGACUGUAGAUAAUACCCUAGUAUCUGCUGACAUGGGGGACUUCACUGAACAGUAUGAUGAACUUGAUUUGACCAAGGAGACUACAGUUAUUCAGACCACUAACACACUGAGAUCUGAAGUGGAAACUGUGGAGCAUAUCCAAAUGUAUGACACAGACACAUUUGUUGCUGGAAUGGGACACCUCAAACAAGGUUAUGAUGAGUACAGUGUGACAACACAACAAGCUGAAAUGGGCACACUUACCCCUCAAUCAGAGGGCAAUACAACAGUAGGAAAUGACACAUCAGUAUUACAUAUGGAAAACAUGCCGUUGUGUGAAUCUACCAAUGUUCUCAUAUUAACCACAAUCAUGAUAAUAUUACUCGGUGCUGCUCUAAUCAUAGCAUCUAUCUGGAGAAUGUGGAGCUACUAUUUUAGAUUCCUCUCUGUUGAGUAUAAUAUUAAAUACACAGUGCAGUAUAGUAAUGGAGAAUUCCUUACUGUCGAAUAUCAUGAUACAGUUACUGUUUAG